AUCUCGUUUGACAGUGGCGGUUGUUAACUUUUGAAGCAUGUCUGAUAGAGGUUUCUACGGUCCUUCACGCGGACGUGGGUCAUCCGCUGGUCGAGGGGCUCCUCGUGGUCCUCAAAGACCUUCAUAUAGCAUCUAUGACGGUGUCCACCACCAAUUUUACGAUGGGCCACCUCCGAGCGCCCAAGGGACCAGGGGUCGUAAUGGUCCACCCUCAGGAGGAUACCCCUCAUCUAAUUCUUCGAGAUUCCACGCUCCGCCCGAACAGGGUGCUGCAUAUUCGUCCUCCGAAACUUUUCCAGAGGCAGCUCGUCAGAAAAAAAGUCACCCAAUAAAAGGGCAAAUGUGUGAUCUUUCCGAGGACAUAUCUAAGCUAAGUAUUGAUAAGGUAGUGCGAAUACCGAACAGACCAGACCGCGGGGGUACGGUCGGUAGAAAAGUCACAGUUACGUCUAAUUGCUGGGAUCUAGCGUUUCUACCAAAGACGGUCUACUUGUAUUUCCUUGAGGCCAGUACUGUUUAUCGGGUUGGUGUAGAUGAGGGGUCUAAAACUGAAAUACGCAUGCCCCCGAAAGAAAAGCGAGCAUUAAUACAACAAGUGGUGGAUUCCUUUCCUGAAUCUAUAAUCUACGAUGGUGGUAAUUCAAUUUAUUCGGAAUCGCCCUUACCCGGGAUAACUACCGACCCUGUGGAGAAAGAAAUAGACAUCAAAGAUCCACUUGGUCGAGAUCGUUUGCUGUUGAGUUAUCGAAUUAUGGAGGUACAGAAAGUGUCGACUGCGGACAUAAACCAUUUUAUAUCAAGUCCAAAAGCUACAUCUUUAAACAUGCCACAAGAAUCCAUCAGGUUGUUGGACUGUAUAUUAAAAACAGUCUCAAAGCAGUCGUUUGUUUCCCUUGGAAGAUCUGCUUUGUUUUAUGAGAAGCCAGUGAGAGUCAUUGCAGAUAAGCUGUUCACCAUACACAAAGGUUUUAUCACUAGCGUUAGACCUCAAUGGAAGGUCCGUGUCAAUUUGGACAUGACAUGCAAGGCUUUUUUCACAGCUGGUAACCUAGCAGAUGUUAUGUACGAAAAGUAUGGAGACAAUAUGGCCAGAUGUAGCUCGCAAAUGGCUAACGAUUUAAGAAGAAUACGUGUUGAGACUGACAAGUUUUACAAAAGUGACAAUGGACAUGUGUAUUCCAGACGUUUCACCGUGCAUGGAAUAUCUUCUGUGCCAGCUGAUAAGCUUAUGAUCGAGGAGAGAAAGCAGUCUGUUGCUGCGUACUUUGAUGAACAUCACCAUAUUAAGUUAAAAUAUCCUGAUCUUCCGUGCAUAAAGGUUGAUCAAAAACGAGAGGUUUAUAUGCCAAUGGAAUUACUAAAUAUUCUUCCUUUUCAAGCACCUAACGCGAGCAAGGCUGAUGUGGCUAGUGAGGUUAUCCGUUGUGCAGCAGUACGUCCUCAAGAACGUUUUCAGGAGCUACAAACGUUUUCAAACAGCAUGUUGAAGUCACAUCCUUUGAUAAAGCAAUUCGGCUUAACGUUGCAAUCAAGACCUGUGGAUGUAAGUGCCAGGGUUUUACAGCCGCCGAGUGCAGCCUUCGAUCGUUCUCGUGUUAUUCCACUCAAACCAGGAAGCUGGACAUCACCUGGCUUCUAUGAUCCUGCUGGCCAUGGAGUUGAACUGCUAUGGGCGAUACUUUGCGUCCCACCGGAUAGGCGAUCACAAGGUCAUGUGCAGAAAGUUAUUCGUGAAUUGCCUCGAGCAGCUGAACGAGUUGGAAUACGCCUUAGCUCCCGACCACACCUAUCACAGUGUCCAAUGGGUGAACUCAACAGAAAAUUUGAUGAGUUUUCUCGACAAGGAUGUGCAUUUUUACUACUUAUUCUCUACGAUGAACAUGCGUAUCCUGCCAUUAAACGACUUAGUGAUCUCCAGAUAGGCAUUCGCACACAAUGUGUACGAAGCCGCACUCUCGAUAAACCAAACGUCUUCCCAAACCUUUUACUAAAAAUCAAUGGAAAGCUUGGUGGGAUCAACUGGCAGAUUCCAGAUCUUAUCAAAAACGGCGAUGAACUCAUAAUGGUCUUUGGAGCAGAUGUUACUCAUCCAGCUCAAACUCAGCAAGUCCGCAAAUCGGUUGCAGCAGUUAUAGGUAGUGUUUCGCCUGAUCUUAUGAGAUACGGAGUUGUCAUUCGUCAGCAAGCAACAACUGAAAAAGGAAAUAAGGCAGCAAGAGAGAUCAUUGAUGACAUGCGCCUGAUCGUCAAGGAACUUCUACAGCUUUAUUUACGAAAUACAAAUGGUCGGUUCCCUACCCGUAUGAUAUUCUACCGCGAUGGAGUUUCGGAAGGACAAUUCGAAAAUGUUCUUGUUGAAGAGCUUGCAGCCAUCCAGAGGGCAUGCUCGGAUGUGCGUCCUGGGGAAGAACCGGCUAUAACUUAUAUCGUUGUCCAAAAACGCCAUCAUAUUCGUUUCAAGCCCUCUGAUCCUAGAGUGCGGAACGUGGAACCUGGGACGGUCGUUGACACGGAAAUAACUCAUCCAAGAGAAUUCGACUUUUAUCUGUGCUCUCAAGACGGAAUUCAGGGAACGUCCAAACCUGCCCAUUACCAUGUGUUAUAUGAUGACAGUAACUGGACAUCAGAUGCUCUACAAAUGUUCACUUAUCAUCUAUGCUACGCUUAUAUGAGAUGUACUCGUAGUGUAUCUUAUCCAGCACCAACUUAUUAUUCUCAUUUGGCUGCUUUUCGUGCUCGAGAUUGGUUAUCGGGAUUAGACCAACCUGCUGUUUUAUUGGAUAGUGGUCGCUUCAGAGUUCAUACUUCACAGGUUGAUGGGAUGUUUUAUCUAUAGAGUUAUACAGAUUUUUCACAACAUUAUCUAUACAAAUAAAUUUUAUACUUUUCUAGACAGUUUCCUUAUUAAUUGCUGCAUAACUAUCUCUAGAGAUGCGACUGCGGGGAUAUUUCGGUUGAUGAUGACCUUAAAGACGUUCUUUAGGCCUCUAUUCUCUUUACACUCGCAGAUCAAAUCACUGCCUUUGAAUUUUAGAUGAACCCUAAGGAGGAGACAAAUAAUAUGUAAUACAAAAUGUGUAGUCAAUUACUUUCCUUGGUGGGAAUCCUCUGUUGCAUAUAUUCCUUACAACAGACAGGCGUCUACGUAGUACGAAUAGGUAUAUAUAUAACCGCCUGAUCAAAUGCGAUGUUGAGUUCUAUAAUCUAGUUAAUGUGAGAGCAUCCCUGUUUUGUGUUAUAUGCUAGUUAAUGUCACAAUUGUACACGUAAAGUAUAUGGUUUAGCAGGGCAGUCGUACAUUUUCUCGAGGACUAUUGGAGCAGGUUCGAUGAGUCUCUAAACUUUGAUAUUCAGGUGCAUGAAAUCUAGCAGUGCUAAGAGUUUGGAUUCGUAAUCCCCCUUUUGUAACAGCUAUAUUUCGGUCCAACGAGUGAGUGUCUAAUCCCCUUUACGGGUCUUCCGAUUCCCACUUGAAUAAACUGGCUGUCCGGUGCUUCCUAGUUUUCAGUGGUUAUUUAACUACGAUCACACCAUGAAGUGAACUAUAAAAUGAUAGUUAUAUUGACAAGCUGGAUAGAAAAAUCAUGACUGCAAGAACACUACAAGGUGAUUUAAAUAAUAAUCGUGGCUAGUGUCACGGUCACCAAUCGUAAAAUUCGUGCAUUGGUUAGGUUCGGGAUUAUGUCCUCAGCAGAUAAUUUGAGACCCGUCGGCUCGGCGUCCGGAAGUAAAAAAGUUAGAACAACUGAGACUUGGAUUCAUUCCCUUUUGUGGUUAACCAUCGGCUGUUUUGCUACCGUGACUAUUGGAAUAUAUGGUUCUAAGCGAUCGACAGUGGUGACGCUACUGUGUGUGUG